AUAAGUCCGUCCAUCCACUAAAUCCAUUCAUACAGCACAAAGAAAGAAAGUUUUCCAAAGACACAAGUCGAGAGGAAAAAAAGAAAAAGAAAAAAAAUGGAUGGCUUCGAUCGAAUCCCUGACCCGCUCAUUCUUUUCAUCUUCAACUCACUCUCUGAUGUCAAGACUCUGAUUCGGUGCCGAGCCGUGUCCAAGCGAUUCAACUCGCUGGUCCCUCAGACCGAGUCACUCCUCCUGAAAGUGGACUGUGUCAUCUCCCCCGAGUCAGACGAGUCCGACACGCCCUUCCUCCACUUCUUCAAGACCAUCGUCAAGUCCGUCCACAACCUUGUUUCUCUCUCCGCCAAGACCCACCCGGAGCUCCAAAACAGACCCGCCCGGUCCCAGAACUCCCCCGGCCAAAUCCUCCGCGGGUUCGAGAGGAUCCGAGACCUCGUCAUCGAGCUUCCCGCCGGCGACCUCAAGCUCGACCGAAACGCCGUCGUGAAGUGGAGGGCCGAGUUCGGCAAAACCCUGAAAAACUGCGUAAUCUUCGCAUUCCGCGACGUCAAGCCCUCGACCUCGACUCAAAUCCCGGCGGAAUUCGCGGACUUGGACUUCGCCGGUGGCCUGAAACUGAGGGUGGUGUGGACCAUAAGCGCUCUGAUAGCGGCCUCGGCUCGACACUACUUGCUGAGAGAGGUGGUGGAGGAGCACGAGGAGAUAGAGAAGCUGGUUGUGACAGACAAGGAAGGCGAGGGCACGCUGGUGAUGAACAAGGAAGGGCUGGCGGAGCUGAGAGCCGCCGGGGUGGCGCAGGUUAGCGAGCACAAGGAGUGGGCGGCGCACUAUAGAGGGUGGGACCAGGAGAGCAAUGGGAGUAGGACCAUGGUGCCGAGCGUGAGGAUGAGGAUGAGACACGUGGCGAAGACGGAGCUGAAGAGUGGGGCAUGGCUCGAUGGGGCGACACUUGUGGUGGUGAGGCCCACAACAAUCAUGUGUAAAGAUGGGGUCGCCGAGGUCGAGGUUGACGAAGAGGGACAGCGUGUUGAUGACGUGGAGGAAGAUGUGGCUGGAGAUGUUAACUUGGCUUUAAUGGCUUUUGAGAAUGAUGGGGCUUGUGGCGAGGCUGUUCAGGCUUUGGUUAAGACUCGUAGCUAUCAUUUGGAAAUGAACUCGUUUUAACUUUUAACUAGCUUGCAUUGCAUUGCAUUGCACCCAAUGUGACUGGUUGCAUAGGUUUACUUACUUGCUAAUGCUUUCUUUUCUUCUAUGUUUAAUGCUUUUGUUUUUUUGUUGCUGGGAUGUAAA